AUGUCAAAGGCCAAGGGCGCUGCCGGCGCCGUCGAUCAAAUCGUCAAAUUGAUUGUGGGAGCAGGUCAGGCGAGUCCCAGCCCCCCGGUUGGUCCAGCGCUGGGAAGUAAGGGUGUCAAGUCGAUGGACUUUUGCAAGGAGUUUAAUGCUAGAACGGCACACAUCACACCCGGCACGCCGAUGCCCUGUCGGGUUACCGUACGCCCCGACCGCUCGUUCCAUUUUGACGUGAGGACACCGCAGACGUCAUGGCUCCUCCUCAACGCGGUGGAUGCGCCCAGGGGAAAGAAGGGAAACAGGAAGGGAGCGGGCAAGCCUGGUCAUGAGAAGGUCGGAACCAUCAGCUUGAAGCACGUCUACGAAAUCGCCAAGAUCAAGCAUACAGAACUUCGGAUGUCCGGCCUGUCGUUGGAAGGCUUGUGUAGGUCAGUCAUCUACCAGGCCAAGUCGGUCGGGAUCGAGGUGGUGGCAUAA